UGGAAGUAAACGCAGGACAGCACCAUGAACAUCACUCCGGUCUUCAACCAGGUGCUGGCAAGUCACAAUGCGCAGCCUGUCGAGCCAUACGUCUUCCGCGUGGAGAACUUGGACGAGUUCCUGAAAGAAGCAUACCGGAUUCGAACACACAUUACGAAGCUUCACACAGACCUCAAAUCGAUACGGCAAAGUUAUCUUUCCACUGCACCACCGCCAAGGCGAAAGCAGUUUGCGCGCGCCAACAAUGCCGCUACGUCUACAGACAACGACUCGAUAUACCUCACCGAUGUGCAACGUAACGAGGUCGAUGCACAGGCGAAGCAGUCGCUGCGAGAGCUAAACCAUGCGAUCAACGUCUUACGAGAGGCUGAAGGAGUACGGCAGACUACGGUGUCGCAAGUAGCUAUACGAAAGCGCGCAAAGCAAGGGCUGGGCGCAUUAGGACGAUGGGCAGCAGGAGGCGCAAUAACGGCAAAGAGCCCAGAGGAGGAGCUUGAGGAGGCAAAGGCAAAGACGAUAAAGGCACACAGGGAGAGCAUUAUCUGGACUCUACAGAAUGCGUUGGAGCAGUGCGGUCACUUCCAGAGCUCGAUGAUGGAAAUACGGCUUAUGAGGGAGGUCGAGAAGAGCAAAAGCGUGCUCUACAAGACAAGGGCUACCAUGCCGUCGAACGACUAUGGUGGCAUGAACGGUGGAAGCAGUGCAGAUGGAAUCUCGAAGGACUACCGUGGGACUACGUCGCACGCCAAGGACGAGUCGAGUGCUGCUAUCGAGCAACAACUCGACCCUGAGCAACUCCAGCUGUUCGCGCAAGAGAACCAAGACAUGCUCAAACAGUACGAAGACCAGCUUGACAAGGUUCGCGCCGCCGAGAAGUCGCUCGUGGAAGUCUCGGAGCUGCAAUCAACACUUGCAAGCAAUCUCGAGAUACAAUCUGCGCAUAUCGAACAGCUGGUAGAGGACUCGUUCAAUACAACGGAAAAUGUCGGGAGCGGAAACAAGGAGCUCAAGCGGGCAACGGAGAGAAGGAGCACAGCGCAGAUGGUCUUCUACGGCACGUCUGCCUUCUGCACACUGCUUGUCCUGUGGGACUUGUUCAUAUGACAGACUGGGUUAUCAAAAAUACACGGUCAGCUGCUCGUACAC